AAAGGAUAGAAAAAGAGCCAUUUUCAAUCCUCACAUUAUCCAUAUAUCAAAAAAAAAAAAAAACUUCAAGAAAACAAAAGCUUCAAUGACUCUAACAAUGGCUUCUUCAUCUUCAACUUCACUAUUCUCCACAGUUCUAAACUUUUCCCCUCGAAAAUCAACAGGUUUUACUUGCCGCACCUCUGUUAACAUUCCAUCAAUUGCCAAGAAAACAUCACUCAGUCUCAGUUCUUCAAGGAACAUAUCAAGUUUUGCCCCAAUUGUCUUCGAGAAAGUUUCGAAUGCUGCAACACCCACUAAUGGAAAUUCAAAGACAUUGACUGUAGAGUGUCAUAAAGGGUAUAAAAUGAAGACCCACAAAGCUUCAGCAAAGAGGUUUAAGGUGUCUGGUAGUGGGAAGAUAAUGAGGAGGAGAGCUGGGAAGCAGCAUUUGCUUAGGAAGAAGAAUACCAAAAGGAAAAAUAGGCUCUCGAAAACGGUACAAGUUGACCGCAGCGAUUACAACAAUGUAAUCGGUGCAUUGCCUUACUUGAAGGUAAACCGAGCCAAGUAGGUCGAGCUGCAGUUAGAAACAUACUCUUCAUCAAGUUGCCAGAACCCGACGGGAUUCUCUCUUUUUGUGUAGAGGAUGAAGAAACACCAUUGCUUGAUACACUUCUCCAACUUUAAUCCAUCUGAAGUUCUUUGUACUAAUGAUUUUUCAUAUCAUUUAGACUUGUUAAGCACCAGUAAAUUCUGUUUCUUUUUUCCCUUGUAAGUUUUACUAUAAACUCUUCAACAUCAACUUAUAAUGAUCAAUUUGUAAGUUUUUUGUGCAAGUGAG